UCUCUCCAGUGAUCGAUGUAUUGUUUCUGCUCACUGUUCAAGAUGCAGUUUUUCUUCAUGUUGUUCCGAACAGACUGCAGUUCUUUGAGUAUGAGCACAUCUUAUUCAACUGUACGGGGCGUCACGGACCAGCUGAAUGGAGAGUGAUGAGAAAGAGUUCCUCUAAAACUUCACGAUGGGAGACAUCGACAGGAUGUUUGAACAUUCAACCUGCCUUUGUAUCACACAGUGGAGAAUACUGGUGUGAAGAUGGGGGGGGAAGGAGAAGCAACUCUGUCAACAUCACUAUCAAAGGUGGUGGUGUAAUCCUGGAGAGUCCUGCUCUCCCCGUGAUGGAACAACAAAAUGUCACUCUGCGUUGUAGAUUAAAGGGAACGUCCUCCAACCUGCCAGCUGAUUUCAUCAAAGAAGGCCACAUGAAUAUGGUUACAUAUAAAGGCGAGAUGACCAUUCACAAUGUUUCCAAGUCUGAUGAAGGACUCUACAAGUGCAGAAUCUCUGGAAGAGAGGAAUCAGCAGGGAGCUGGCUGGCUGUCAGAGAAAGUCAAAGGAGUCAUCAAAAGCCACAAGGAUCAACCUCUGCAUAUUUUAGUCCCACACCUCGACUGGGUCAAGAGACUUCCCAUCCUCAGCUCUCCACCCUGUUAUCUGUUGUCUUCACCAUUUCGUGUUUGGCUGUACUACUCUUGGUGGUGGGAAUACUUCAAUGUUGGAAACAAAAAGCUGCAUGUUUUUCCUCUGAGAUGCCAGAAACAGUAUCUAACAUAGCUUUUCCAGCUUCUGAACAUACAAAUGGAGAUGAUCAACACAUGACUUUAUAUGGUUGUGUAACAAAACCCAAGAAGAAAAGAGCAUAUGAACAUUCCCCUGUAGAUGAUCCAUGUGUGACUAUAUAUGAUGACGUCACAACACACGAGGAGAGGAAGAAGAAAAAGGCAUAUGAACAUUCCCCUGUAGAUGAUCCAUGUGUGACUAUCUAUGAUGACGUCACAACACACGAGGAGAGGAAGAAGAAAAAAGCAUAUGAACAUUCCCCUGUAGAUGAUCCAUGUGUGACUAUAUAUGAUGACGUCACAACACACGAGGAGAGGAAGAAGAAAAGAGCCUAUGAACAUGCCCCUGUAGAUGAUCCAUGUGUGGCUAUAUAUGAUAAUGAGCAGACGACAAAAAGAGGUCACAGAAAGGAGAAACACCUGAGGGAUGGCAGAGACUGUUAAACAGCGUGUGCACGAUGGAGAUGCAACUAUAAAUAGUAACUUUUAAAAAGGACCAUGACAUAAUAA